UUUUUUUUUUUUUUUUUUGAGUUUUUAAUUUUUAAUUAAAUUUUAUGCAAAGUAACGGUGUUAAGUUUUAAAGUUAAGUGGAUGACACGUGUCACAAAACUAAAAAAGAGACACAGAGGAGACACUUAAUUCGGAACACCAAACCCGUAGCGGUCUAAAAUUUAAUCUGUCUAACAUUUUUCUAUAACAACACAUUAACCAAAUCGGAACUUGGUUAGUUAUUCAUUUUCUUUUGUCCUCUAUAUUUAUCUUAUUAAUUCCAACCGUAUUAAAUCCCUCCCCUUUUCAGGGCAGCUCGUAGCUAGGGAAAAAAACAGUAGCAUGCCUUUAUCUUUCUAUAAAUAAGGCAAAUCUCAUGUCCCAUUUGUAUUAAAAUCCAUCAACCUUCUCAAGUCUACCUGCAAUAUUUGAGACAUUUCAUAAAUAUGGAAAACAAAAUGGGGUACAAUAUAAAGCUUGUGUUGUGCAUCUGCUCCAUGGCAUUAAUCUUAGCUCGUGUCUCCUCAGCCACUUCCAGAAGAGAUAUCAGAGGCUUCAUCAAUGAACACAACAAAGCUCGGGCGGAGGUCGGUGUUGGUCCGAUCAAAUGGAACGAGACCAUAGCAAGGUAUGCACAAAACUAUGCCAAUGUAAGAUCUUGGGACUGUGCAAUGGAGCACUCAAUGGGGCCUUAUGGUGAGAACAUAGCCUCAGGCGAAGGCAUGACGGGUGCAGCUGCUGUCAAGUAUUGGGUUACCGAGAAGGAGUUCUAUGACUACAACCAAAACAAAUGUAUUAACGACGAAUGUGGUCACUACCUUGCUGUGAUUUGGAGCAAAUCAACCUAUGUUGGUUGUGCCACGUCAUUGUGCACGAAUGGACAAACCUUCGUGAUUUGCGAUUAUGAUCCUUCUGUAACAGAUGGGGAGCGCCCGUACUAAAUAAAUAAAACUUACAUUGUAAUCUUGUGCCUUUA